AUGAAGACGAAAUCGACCAUGUCCAAGACGUGUAAAAAAGCGGUCCACCCCAUGCCAAGUACAUUAAGUAGUAAUACUAACCCAGAAAACAAUACAGUUGGUAAUACAGCACGAGGUGCUGCAACUGGAGCCGCAGCUGGGAUGGGUCUAUGGGGUUUGGCAACGCCUAUUGUUAAUUUGGUAGGCUUUGGAGCUGGUGGUAUCGCUAGCGGCUCGACUGCUGCUUCGAUGAUGUCUGCCGCUGCAGUUGCCAAUGGUGGUGGCGUAGCCAGUGGGAGUGUCAUCGCAAUUAUGCAGAGUAUUGGAGCUAUUGGACUGGCGGCACCACUAGGUCUAGGACUUGUUGCUGGCGGAGCAAUCAUCGGUGGCACUGCACUUUUCGUUAAGGCCAAACUGUCAAUGGCGAAUCGAGCCAACUUGACCGAUGCGGCUAAUGGAGCUGACGAUGAAAAUGAGGACAAGGGUCUCUGGGUCCUUGCUGAGAUUUCGCUCGAUUCCGGAAAAACGUCGGUGAGAACCUUUGACGACGAAUACAAAGCGCGCAAUGCCUUUUUGAACUCUUUCGCUAUGAGUAAAGCGUUGUUUGAUCCGGAACAGAAGAUAGCUUUGGAACUUGGAUGGAACGAGUCCAUGACCGAGACAGUAGGAAUGUGA